UGCGACUGUUGACAACUUUGAAUACUACUUUGAUAUAGACUGAAACGGUUUUGAAAUGCUUAAAAUUACAGUGUUGGUUUUGAUUUGGGCUGCGGUAGAGGCUAAAGGUGUGAAGUUAGCAAAAAGUUUAACGAAACAAUUUGAAAUUGUGUGCUUUACAGCAAACAAAGAUAAUACUGAAUGGGAACCUCCAUUGAAUUGCACUGCCGGCGCGCAUAACAUUCCCAAAGGAUCACACUUUCGACAACAAUUGCACUUUACCGAAUGGCCAGCAGGGCGUCUGCCGAAAAUUUAUGGACUGUGGCACUGCAGUGCCUGAGAGAAAUGAGAAACCAAAAACAUGUUAUUUUGAAGGCGCAGAGCAAUUUGUUUGUUGUCGUGUGCCAAGGCCAUCAGAAUUAGCUUGUUCUGAAUACUAUUACCCACGAGAAGAAGUAAUUAAUGGUUUGGUAACGGCGCCUAAUGAAUUUCCUUACAUGGUCGCUCUUGGCUGGAAUACAACCAAACCAAACGUUUAUGAGUACAAAUGUGGUGCGGCCUUGAUCAGCUAUGACUGGGUUGUAACCGCUGCGCAUUGUACCAGCGUCGGCGGCCAAGAGCCGGCUGUCGUUCUAGCAGGUGGUGUCGAGUUGACAAGUACCAGAUUCCCACCAACGCCAAUCGAAAAUAUUAUUAUACAUCCGAAGUAUGAACCCAAAAUAUCGUACCAUGACAUAGCGCUCAUCAAACUGACUGAUGCACCACAUGAGACCGAGCCAGCCUGUAUUGGUGAUCAUUUACCGUUAAUUAGUCAAAAUGCAACUGCUGUGGGAUAUGGACACACCGUUUUCGGCGGCAAACCAUCCGAUCAGCUGCUCAAAGCGUAUUUGCAAACAAUUGAAACAGUUCUCUGCCAAUUCUUUUUCACUGAUCAAGAUGCGCUGCCAAAUGGGCUGUUGGAUACACAUUUGUGUGCAAAAGAUUUGCAAUUCAAUAGAGACACCUGUCAAGGCGACUCUGGCGGUCCGUUGGUUUUGAAGGGGAAAGCGGAAUCUUUUGUGAUUGGUGUCACCUCGUUUGGUUUGGGCUGCGCCACAGAUGCGCCGGGGAUUUAUACGAAUGUGGCAAAAUAUUUGGAUUGGAUUGAACCCAUCCUAUGGCCACAUUUUACUAGAAAGAAUGAGGGCUAAGCGCACUUACGGGUAGAGCUUAUGAGGAAGAAGUAAAUGUGGAAAUCUAUGAUUAAAAGAAAUCUAAUACACUUUUUUGUGAGAUUAUUUCGAUAAAUAUACCAUAAUUAACAAUAUUAUUAAAAUAUUUAAACAUA